CGGGCUCGGGCUCCCAGCUUCGCUGCCCGCCGAGCGCUUAGGUCCCCGUCGCGCCGCGCCACGGUCCCCAACCGCGUCCCCAACCGCGCCCGCACCCGCUUGGCGAUGAGGGUCCUAGGGGGGCGCUGCGGGGCGCUGCUGGCGUGCCUCGCCUUAGUGCUGUCCGUCUCAGAGGCAAAUUUUUUGUCAAAGCAACAUGCUUCACAAGUCUUGGUUAGAAAACGUCGUGCAAAUUCUAUCCUUGAAGAGACCAAACAAGGUAACCUUGAAAGAGAAUGCAUUGAAGAACUGUGCAAUAAAGAAGAAGCCAGGGAGAUUUUUGAAAAUAACCCUGAAACGGAUUAUUUUUAUCCAAAAUACUUAGGUUGUCUUGGCUCUUUCCGAGCUGGAUUAUUCACUACUGCACGUCAGUCAACUAAUGCUUACCCUGACCUAAGGAGCUGUAUCAAUGCCAUUCCAGACCAGUGUAAUCCUUUGCCAUGUGACCAAGAUGGAUAUAUGAGCUGCAAUGAUGGCCAAGCUACAUUCACUUGCAUUUGUAAACCAGGUUGGCAAGGAGAGAGGUGUGAAUUUGAUAUAAAUGAAUGUAAAGAUCCUUCAAAUGUGAAUGGAGGUUGCAGCCAGAUUUGUGAUAAUAUACCUGGAAGUUACCGCUGUUCCUGUAAAAGUGGUUUUAUUUUGCUUUCAAAUAAAAAAGACUGUAAAGAUGUGGAUGAAUGUUCUAUAAAGCCAAGCAUUUGUGGCACAGCUGUAUGCAAGAACAUCCCAGGAGGCUUUGAAUGUGAAUGCUCUGAAGGCUACAGAUACAAUCCCAAAUCAAAGUCUUGUGAAGAUGUAGAUGAAUGCUCUGAAAACAUGUGUGCUCAACUUUGUGUCAAUUAUCCUGGAGGUUACUCUUGUUAUUGUGAUGGGAAGAAAGGAUUCAAACUUGCCCAAGAUCAGAAGAGUUGUGAGGCGGUUCCAGUGUGCCUUCCUUUGAACCUUGACAAAAAUUAUGAAUUACUUUACUUGGCAGAGCAGUUUGUAGGGGUUGUUUUAUAUUUAAAAUUUCGAUUGCCAGCAGUCACCAGAUUUUCAGCUCAUUUUGAUUUCCGGACAUAUGAUUCAGAAGGUGUUAUACUGUAUGCAGAAUCUCUCGAUCAUUCAGCUUGGUUCCUGAUUGCACUUCGUGAUGGAAAGAUUGAAAUUCAGUUUAAGAAUGAAUAUACAACUAAAAUCAUAACUGGAGGCAAAGUUAUUAAUAAUGGUGUAUGGCAUAUGGUGUCGGUGGAAGAAUUAGAACAUAGUAUUAGUGUUAAAAUAGCUAAAGAAGCUGUGAUGAAUAUAAAUAAACCCGGAAGCCUUUUUAAGACUACAGAUAGAUUUCUAGAAGCCAAAGUAUACUUUGCAGGAUUACCUCGGAAAGUGGAAAAUGCAGUCAUUAGACCGAUUAACGCUCGUCUAGAUGGAUGUAUACGAGGCUGGGAUUUAAUGAAUCAAGGAGCUUCAGGAGUAAAAGAAAUUAUUCAAGAAAAUCAAAAUAAGCAUUGCUUCGUCACUGUGGAGAAGGGCUCCUACUAUCCCGGUUCUGGAGUUGCUCAAUUUACCAUAGAUUAUAAUAAUGUAUCCAAUGCUGAGGGUUGGCAAAUAAAUGUGACCAUGAAUAUCCGCCCAUCUGCGGGCACUGGUGUUAUGCUUGCCUUGGUUUCUGGUAACACAGUGCCCUUUGCCUUGUCCUUGGUGGACUCCACCUCUGAAAAAUUUCAGGAUAUUCUGGUUUCUGUUGAAAAUACGGUAAUAUCUCGGAUAGAGGCCAUACGUCUGUGUGCUGAUGAACAAUCCCAUCUGGAAUUCAGAGUCAACAGAAACAAUCUGGAGCUCUCUACUCCACUCAAUAAAGAUAUCAGCUACUCUGAAGACCUUCAGAAACAACUUGCCAUCUUAGACAAAGCAAUGAAACAAUCAGUGGUCACUUACCUGGGUGGCAUUCCAGAUGUUCCAUUCAUUGCCACACCAGUGAACGCCUUUUAUAAUGGCUGCAUGGAAGUGAAUAUUAAUGGUGUACAGCUGGAUCUGGACGAAGCCAUUUCUAAACAUAAUGAUAUAAGAGCUCACUCGUGUCCAUCAGUUCAGGAAAAAUAAAAUAAUUCUUCAGGCAUAUUUUCUCUGACGAUAGUAUCUUUUCCCUGUGUGUAAUUAUGUUUCCGUACCGCUGAAGGGUUUUCCCUAAGAUGUGCAAUGUGCAGACUUUGUGUUUUUUUGUGGUACUUUGACCUU